AAUAUGCGAAAUGAAUUUAAAAAAUAUAGAUACUUCGGUAUAGAGCGUAUGCAGUUUGCAUGCUUGAAUGUGCUUUGAAGAAAUUAGGGGUAAUAUCUGUGUUUGUAAUAAACGUUUAAAGAUAAUUAAUCUAUUAUGGUUAAUGUUCAACUCCCUUUAAAAUCAAAAAUUCCAAUUAGGUUUUGGAUAGCAUGUAUGGUAUUCCUAACAACAUUUACCUGCUACACCACCAGGGUAAAUUUGUCAGUAAGCAUAGUGUCAAUGACCAAAGGAAAAACCAAAGGAAUACCCUAUUGCAAACUAAAAGAAGGUACAGGAAAUGGCGGGAAUGAAUCACAUGAAUUACCUGAUUAUGGAACUAGAUACGACUGGAAUGAAAGAAUUCAGGGAUCACUUCUGGGAGCUUAUUUCUACGGCUACAUCCUCACCAACCUGCUUGCCGGAUUGACAGCUGAAUAUUUUGGCCCUUUAAAAGUAAUUUUGUUAGUCCAUGCAGUAGCUGCAGUAAUGAAUACCGUUAGCGUAUUUGCAGCUGGAUGGCAUUGGGGCGUCCUCUUCUUUUGUCGAUUAGUACUAGGAAUGGGCGGGGCACUGGUUUAUCCAUCGCUCCAAAUCUUAAUAGCUUUUUGGGCUCCUCCUCAAGAAAAAGGAAAAUUUGUAAGUGCUCUUAUGGGCAACGUUUUAGGAACCUGCGUAACUUGGCCAGUAGUGGGAUUGGUCACAACAUAUUUGGGAUGGCAUUGGGGAUUUUACGUAGUGAGUUUGGUAAAUGUACUUUUCUGUAUAGUGUUCUUCCUAGUGGUCACAGAUACUCCUGAAACUCACAGAUGGAUCAGCCCGGAAGAGGUUGCUUAUAUAAAAGAGUCUCAACAAGGCACAGUAGUCAAAAAGAAAGUGGUAGCUCCAUAUAAGGACAUCUUUAAAAAUUUUCCCUAUUGGAUGUUGAUGAUCUGCCAUUUUGGCAACGAAUGGGGUCUUUACUUGCAGCUGACUUUGAUUCCGAAGUUCAUAUCAGACGUCAUCGGUUUUGAUCUUAGCCAAGCUGGUGGACUCUCAGCGCUACCUCCACUAAUGCGAAUGACAUUUGGACUGGUGUUGGGGUAUAUCGCUGACGAGCUACUUAGGAGGGAGAUCUUUAGUAAAAGAGUAGUUAGGAAAUCCUAUACGGUUGUAUCUCACGUAAUACCUGGUAUAUUGCUGCUUAUCAUCAGCUUCAUCGGUUGUAGUUGGAUCCCAAUCAUAAUCUUGCUGACCCUAAGCUUGGGUUUUAAUGGCGCAUGUGUUCAAAAUACGUUAAUCAACCCACAAGAUCUGGCUCCCAACUUUUCUGGCACGAUCUACGCUAUAAACAGCUUCUUCGCUGGAAUGACAGGUUUCAUAGUGCCAACACUAAAUGGCGAAUUCACCAAAAAUGAAAGUGGAAUCACCCAAUGGUCGUAUACAUUUAUAAUAGGAGGCGCCGUCUACUGCGCUUCAGGAGUCAUUUGGAUCGUCUUUGGUUCUGUUGAAGAACAAGCUUUUAACCGAAAAGGACAACCUACUGCUACUACUACUACAGAAAAUACUACGUGAUAAAUAAUUGUAGUGUGUGUAAAAUAUAUUAUUUGUAAUAGUUAUUUAUGUACCAAGUCAGUAAAGAGUCUUUACUGACGUGGUGCAUACAAAAUUUUAUCGCCAAUCAUAAAAAUAUUAACACUUACUUAAUUACAUCCCAAUGAAAAAAGAGUGUGUGUACUUGUUACGCACGUAAGACGUUAUAUUUCUAUUAUUAUGAUUUCAACGAAAUAAAUAUAUUUUAAACAGUUUAAUCGUAUUUUUAUUUAAAUAUUAAACCAAUUUUCACACUUAAAAUAAAAUACCAAAAAUUAGAAAUACCGUUAAUAGUUACGUUAUGUUUAUUAAGUGUAGCCUACCGUAGCGCAGUUGCUUUUCCCUUGAUGAAUAGUAGAAAAUCUAAAUAAAUAUAUUUGCUACCGAAUUAUCAUUAAUAUCUGUCACCGACCUAUAUACAUAUAAUCAAAUUAACAAAAACACCAUUUCAUAAUAUACAAUUUGUAUUUGCAUUAAUACAAAACUUAAAAUAUUUAAGAAUUUUAUUAAUUUAGAGGAAAUAAAAAUUUCGUGUGACAGUAAUGACGAUGGUAGAAAGCUUUUGCAUGAUGGCCGAUUUCGAUGUUUAAUCGAUAGUUGUUAUCAAUAUUGAAUAAGUACCUAAUUACUAAAUCUGUAAAAUUUUGAUUUAUGUUUUAUGAAUAUAAUUGCAAAAUACUACAGAAUUUCAAUUUCUGACAUAAAUUUAAUUAACAAUAACGUAGAUUUUGAACAAUAUUUUUAAUAAUUAAAGUAAAUACAAUUAUUUAAGUUCACUGAAAUAAAUAAUCGAUUACUGCCAUCGACCACUUACAUUCAAUCUCAGUUUAUUUUGAUUAAUCGCGGCAGGUAAAGUAAAAUUCUUCUUUCAGUACAAUAAAAUGUUACUUUACUGCCGCAAAUGGCGUCAAAUGAGUACAGUAAUGAAUGACUUUAGUGACGGUUGGCGAUAAAAUAUUUUAUUAUACAAUAAAUUAUAUUAUUAUUUUU